AUGGUUUCAUUCUCAAAGAUUAUGACAUAUGGAGGUAUCUCCUUUGUGGUCGGAUCAUUGUUGAUGUCGAUCUACGACCAAUACCAAGACUAUGUCGAGGAGGAAGGAUUCACACAGAGCUCUUUGUUUGGAUCUUCAGGUGGCGACGACUCGUUGGCACCGAGAAUGAAGAAGCCAAAGAAGCUUUCGCAGGCUGACGACGAGCGUUUGGUCAUGGAGUUUGAAGCCUACCGUAAGAUCGGUAAGGAGGCACUCCAAGAGGAAGAUCUACCAAGAGCUCUCGAGAUCUUUGAAAUCAUGUACGGAAUCGUUUCGAAAUCGAUCACCCUUCAGAACGUCGAUCACGGAAACACCUUGUUCAUGGUAUUCCGUUUGGCCAAUGCCACUCAAAAUACAAAGAAAAUGGUUAAAUAUGCUCAAAUUUUGAUUGAUGGUAAUGGACCAAAUCCACAAGGACAGAAAUUAGAAGAGACAUUGAAUCUCUAUGAAGUUAUCUUGAAGGAUUUGACUGACGAUAAGAAAUAUAAUGAAGCUAUUGAAUUGGCCAAGUCAAUUCCAAGAAAAUACAACCUUAAGGCAGAACAACUUUCAAAUCAUUAUUCAAUUCUUGCAAAUUUAUACAAUAAGAUCGAUGCAAAGAGUGAUUGGUUAGAUGCCGUUCACAAGUCAGUUGAAUACGCAAAGAAAUCAGGAAAUACUCAAUUCGUUGCAUCAUGCUUAAUCGAUUUAAUUGAAUUCUAUGUUGCUCAAAAGAAUGACGAAAAGAUUGAUGAAACAGUAGAAGAAGCUUUGGCACACUUCCCAGGUGAACAAAAGAUUUCAUUCCUUAGAGUUACCGCACCAAUUUACUUUGCCCACGGUUACUAUGAAAAAUACAUUAAAGGACAAGAGGAAAUCAUUCCACUUUUCGAAACAAAGGUUAACAACAACACUGAAAACUCUGAGAGCGAGCGUUUGAAAUUAAGAAACUAUCUACUCAAUGAAAUCAACAGAUUAGGUUGUGGUUAUUUAAUUGUCGGUCGCGAAGAUGAAGCCAUUGAGAAAUUCAAUGAAGUUAAAAAAUUACUUACAUGUUUAUUAAUCGCGAUUAUUAGCUCAGAGAAUUUAAUUUAUACAAUUCCAUCAGUAUCUAAAUAUUUCAAAACAAAGGAAGCUCAUGUCGAAGAGGAAUCAGAGUUUUCAAUCAUUCUUGCAUGCCACGAAAACGUUACAGUUCCAGAAAACUCUGUUGUCGUCUGUGAGUUUGAGAAUCCAGCCGAUCCAGAUGCACCAACCAUCGUCGAGAAGGAUGCCAACACCAGAGAGAUCGUUUUGGAAGUUUCAGAUGUCCAAGGUAUCGAUGUCACCAAGGCCUACACCGCUAAAAUUACACUCUACAACAAGGACAACCGUGAAGAGCCACUCUCCAAACACUACCAAAUCCUUUCACCACAAUCACCAAUCAAGGGUACAGUAGAUCAAAUGUUCCAACAAUUAUUGUAA